GAACAGCUGGGUUUUAAGGGAAAGAAGGCCAAUUUUGCAAGGGUUCCGAGUUUUAGAGAGACGAAGCGUAUACCUAGAGAGAAAGUGACGAACCUGAUUCUUCAAGCUCCCUAGAUCGAUCUUCAUCACCAUUGGAGCCCAGCUUGAGCUUGGAGAAGUGCUUAUUGAUUGCCAGAAGCAGAAUCCCAUCCUUCACAGUAUGGUUUCCGCAUCUGAGCUAGAUUUCCCGUCUCUCUCUGUGGAGUAACUUUCUCAUUCACCUAGUUAUGAAGAACCCUAGAUUUUAUAUGUUAGGUCUGAUUGUAUGAACCCAAGUAUGAAUUCAGUGAUAUGAUUAUAUUCAAUUGAGGUUUGAUUCCUUAAAUGGCAUGAGUCCUUAUCAAAUUCCUGUUAUUUCUGCUUUGACCUAGAAAGAGAAUAUAUGCCUAGGUUGAUAGAGCACCCUUGAUUGAAGGUAGUGAAUUGACGACUUUAGUUGAAUAGCCAAUUCACUAUUCUGGACUGGAUUUACUUCGGUAUAGGAGGUUUGGCUUGUUAGGGCCUCAAUCUGUUUACUCCGGUGGUGGUUAGUCGCCCGCUGGGGACUCAGAUUGAGAGGGUCUGGAGACCUUUAGUCGAGACUUUAGAAUGUUUAAGAACCUCCCGCAACAUAACUAUCAUUGGACUUGAACUUGGUAAAUUACAACCUGGCUUAACUGCAGUCUAGGGAGAACCAUAUCUGGGUGACCUCUCUUAACUUGAACACAACUUUCACUGCUUUGCUUGUUAGUUUAACUAAACCUUCACUACACUUGAACCGCUAGAAAACAAGACUUUCAUGGAGUAGUCAUCACACCUAGGACCCGGGUUGACAAUUAGAACUGAACCCGUAUACUACGCAUUAGUAGGUGGUUACACUUGGCCACUUUCUAGUGUGACGGUAGAGGCGUGUCAAAGCUACUACUUAUUAUGUUGAUCUUUGAGUCCCCUUUGCUCCAGUCUCGAAUGGAGGUAAAAGUAUAUCUUAACUUUAACUGGUGAUUUUAGUAAGAAACUACGGUUUUACUUCAUGCUUGCAAAAUCAUAUACACUUGAGGUGUUUAAGAAAUUGCAGAGCUAUGUGGAAAAUGAAACUAGUUUAAGUACAAAGUGUCUUAGAACAGACAAAAAUGGUGAGAUUUAUGUUAAAGGUAUUCAAAAGCUUGCGUGAGGAAGCUAGUAUAAAGAGAAAACUCAUUGUUGCCCUCACACCACAACAUAAUGGGGUAGUUGAGAGGAAGAAAAUAAUUUUAAUGAACAUGGUAAGGUGUGUGCUGGAACACUACAAAGUUCACUUUCUUUUAGCCAGAAAACUGUGACAUGGAUUGCGCCUGUCCUAAACAGAAGUCCAACAACAGCUUACAAUGAAAAGACUUCACAGGAACUCUGGAUAGGAAAUCCUCCAUUUGAGUGUUUGAGUGUGUGGGCUAUGUCCACAUUCCAAAUCACCAAACAAAGAAUCUAGAUAAUAAGAGUGUAAGAUGUCAAUUCUUGGGCAUCUUAGUUGAAUACAAAGCCUACAAAUUGUACAACCCAACUACGAAAAAGUGAUUGUUAGCAGGGAUGUAAUAUUUGAUGAUAAGAAAAGGGUGGCAUUGAAAAUCAGAAAUACAACUGUGGUUGUACUUACUAAGAUUUACUAGGGAGGAAGUGAUGGUGAAUGAUAUGAUUCAUUAGGUGAAGAAAAAGGUGUUGAUGCUGCUAUACCAGCAAUAUAAAAUCAAAUAUAAUCCAACAAAUCACUCUAGAACCAGUAAAUACCCUAAUAACCUGAUGAAGAUAUGGGAGAAGAAGUGGAAGACAACUAUGGUUCUCCUACUGAUGUGCUAGAACUUUCUAGUACAUACUUGGAUCACGGUGUAAGAAAACGACCUUCUCGUCUAUCUAUUUAUGAAUGCAUUAUUGCAGUUACAAACUCGAGAGCAAUGGUGGCAGUCUCAGAUGAUCCUCUAAUCUAUGAGGAAGCAGUAACCGAUCGUAAAUGGAAUGUUGCUAUGAACACAAAAAUAUCAUCUAUUGAAAAGGAUCUCACGCAAAAGUUAACUGAAGCUCCAACAGGUGUUAUUCCAAUCAGGCUCAAGUGGGUUCCCAGAACUAAGUACAAGGAAGAUGGUACUGUUGAAAAGUACAAGACUAGAGUUGUGCCUUGAGGCUUCACUCAAAAGCAAGGAAUCGACUACAGUAAGUUAUUUUCUCUCGUUUUUCCUUGAGAUACUAUCAAAACCUUAUUGGAUUUUGAAUUUUUGAUGCAUUUCAUGGUUUUGUUGUCUAUAAGUUAGAUGUAAGGAGUAUUUUUUGUAUGUUGAACCGACUGAGGAUAUAUAUGUAAAGCAACCUCAAGGAUUAGUGGUUAUUUGGAGAGGAAUCAUAGGUGUAUAAGUUACAAAAUCACUCUAUGGUCUAAAACAAGCCCUUAGGAUAGCGAAAUUGACGCUUACUUUCUCAAUUCUAGCUUUGAAAGGAGUACAUAUGAUCAUACAUUGUUCAUAAAAAGGUAGAAGGUUGUAUACUGAUUGUUAGCUUGUAUGUGGAUGAUCUAAUGUAUACUAGCAACUUUCCUGAGUUGAUUAUAGAAUUAAAGUCAUCUAUGGUGGUUGAGUUUGAGAUGACUAAUCUGGGUAAGAUGACAUAUUUUUUGGGAUUUGAAAUAAUUCAGAGAGAAGUUGGGAUUUUUAUGCAAACAAAAGUAUGUUAAAGGCAGGAGAUAGUGUUCUUUGUUUGCAACUUUGAGGGGAAAAAAACCAUUGCACUAGGAGCAAAGAUGUAAAAGGCAGGAGAUAGUGUUCUGGUUAAUACAACAAAGUACAAGAGGUUAAUUGGUAGCAUGUUGUAUCUUACAAUAAUCAGACCAAAUCCUAUGUUCUUUGUUUGCCUUCUCAGUAGAUACAUGGAGGCACCUAUAAGGCUUCAUAUGUUUGCUGUUAAAAGGGUACUCAGAUACCUACAAGGAAUAAUGAACUUUGAGAUUUGGUAUAAGAGGAGAAUUGAAGAAGGCUGCUUAAUGAGAUAUACUGACAGUGAUUAUGCAUGUGACAUGGAUGACAGGAAAAGUACUAGUGGACAUGCUUUCAUUCUUAGAAUUAAAUUUUUUUCUUGGGCAUCAAAGAAACAACCAGUCGUAACAUUGUUAACUACUAAGGCUAAGUUUGUAGUUGCAUCCUCCUAAGCAGUACAAUGUGUCUAACUUAGAAGCAUUUUUUAAGCAAAUUGGAUGGCAAGAAAGUGUAUAAGGUAUCACUAACUUCCUAUGUGACAAUAAUUCAACUAUUAAGCUCUCAAAGAACCUUGUACUUCAUGGGAGAAGUAAGCAUAUAGAUGCACGAUUUCACUUCCUAAGGGAUCUAGCAAAAGAAGGCAUUGUAGAUUUGAAGCACUACAAAACACAUGAAUAGGAUGCUAAUGUGAUGACAAAAGUUCUAAAACUAGAGAACUCUCAAUUGUUAAGGGGCAGGUUGGUCAUUGACUCACUCUUACUGUCACUCUAGAAAAUGGCCAAGUGUAACCAUUUCCUAAAGCGUAGUAUAGCGGGUUUGGGUAUUAAAUUCAACCCGGGUCCUAGAUGUGAUGACUACUCAGCGAAUUCUUAUUAUUUAGCGGUGAAACUUUAGUGCAGGUUCAAACAAGAAAAGCAAGCAAGCAAUUAAAUGGGUGUUUUCAAGUAAAGAGUGGUCACCCGGAUAUGGUUCCCCCUAGACUGCAGUUAAGCCGAAUUGUAAUUAACCAAGUUCAAUUCCUAAGGUAGUUAUACUGCGGGAGGUUCUUAAGUAGUCAGAAGUCUCGACUAAAGGUCUCUAGAACCUCUCAAUCUGAGUCUCCAGCGGGCGACUAACCUCCACCGGAGUAAACAGAUUGAGGCCCUAUUGAACUAAACCUUCGGUACAUAAUAGUGAAUUGGCUCCUUGACUCGCUACGACACAACUCCUAACAAAGGCCAAGUGUAACCAAUGAAAGGGACUGCAGUAAAGUGGCUCAAGUAAUAAAUAUCGAAUCCACGGGUCUCUAGAGUUACUAUUACUCAGCUUCAGUUUAUUAUUUAGCAAACUAGAUUAAGAUGAAAGAACUAAAACUACUCUAGUAAACUACAGUUAAAGUU